AUGACGUCUGCGUUGACGGAGUCUGCUAAAACGCAGUCUCCCUUCUCCUAUUUGUAUACGAGAGUGGCUUUGAACCAUCUAGGUGAAACUUCUGCCAUCAUCAUCUCCACAUUGAUCUCGUAUGGUCGCUUAACUGCCAAAGAUAUUAGCAUUAAAAGCAAGCUUACUCUUAAACAGGUGAAAAUUGCAUUGGUAUCUUUGAUACAGCUUAAUUGCAUACAAUACUGGAAGGAAAACUCAUCGAAAUCAGUCUUUUACACGUUUAACGACAGGGGAAUCAUAACUCUUUUGCAUGCUGGUGAUAUCAUCGCUCGGAUAAAGCUGCAAUACGGCGAAAAGGCAGCUGAACUCGUGCAAAACAUCAUCGAGAACGGGAACAUCACAGUGAAGGAUUUCAUCUCCACGCUAUCUGAUGAACAGGAAAAGUAUGACAACAUGGCGAUCCUUGUGAAGCUAUUCAAUGAUGGCUGGUUGCACAGACUCCAAAUAUUCAACUAUCACCCGGCUGAAGAUUUAUGGAAUAAAAUGUACCAGGAAACGUUGAAGAAUACGCCUCGUUCUGCAACGACCAGUGAAAUCAAGAGGGUCGCUGAAGCCACCGAGAAAACCAAAAUAAAGUUCAAUGAUUUGUUCUUAUCAGGUAACGAAUCCAAGGAUGUUUUCAUUGUGGAAUCCGGAAUUCAUCAGCUCAAGUCAUCAAUUACCCUUGGCUUUAAUUUAAGCCGAUUUGAAAAACACUUAAGAAGCCGGGCGUUGUCUGAUAUGGCAAAAUCAAGAUUAGGGCUUUUAACCGGUUUUAUUUACGAGCAAUGCUGCUCCUUGAUAGAACAGAAAUCUGCGGAUUUGCGUCAUCGCUAUCAGGAUAUCUCAGGAUUGAUCACUAACCCUGAGGAAGAAAGAGUGUUCUUAAGCUCGGUAGAAAAUGCAUUGGUGGACAGUAAAAUGACUGUGUUCACUAUCAGAGAUUUGAUGAGACAUUUACCCCCCGACUUGGAUUUGCGAAACUCCAUCUUAACUCAAAACUUUUUGAAACCUGCAAAACGAGUUAAUGUAAAUGGCACUGACCAACCGCACAAGAAAAUUAAGCUAGAAGAUGGGCUGGCAAUAACAGAAAUGGACAUUGAGUUUGAAAGUGACUUUCAUGCUGAAAAUGGGGAUGGGCCUUUGUCAAUGACCUUGGUUGCUGAGCAUUUGAGACUUUUAACUUUCAACACUGUACCCUUCUUGUUCGAAGUUGCGCCAGGAUCAUACACUAUUCCCUUCCUUCAAUUAUCUAAACAUGUCAAGCAAUUUCACUACGAAGCUCUCAUUAAAACCACUAUGGGCACAAACGCAUUGCGAAUUCUUAAAUGUAUAAAAGCCAUGAAGUUGGUUGAUGAGAAGGCUAUUUCAAACCUGGUUUUGUUGAAAGAACGUACGGUCAAAAACGAGUUAUAUCAUUUGAUUAACAUGAAUGUUAUUGAAAUCCAGGAGGUUCCUAGAAGUGCAGACAGAGCAGCAUCCAAAACUUUUUAUCUUUUCCGUCACAAGGAUGCAUCGCUGUAUCGCUUCUUAAGUCAUGCAUUGGCGUUUAAUAUGGGAGACAUAUUAACCAAUAUUGAACUGUUCAAAGCUGAACAUAAAAUCUUGCUAGAAAAGUGUGAGAGAGAAGAUGUGAAGGGUCAUGAGGAAGAGCUUUUGCUUGAAUCUGAGUUAAAAACACUCCGGGAUUUGCAACUCCGGGAGAUCAGUAAUAUUGGCCGCUUUAACCGUGUGAAGUGGCUUUUUACUGUUUUCGGAACACUAUAG